GUAAAAUCAUCUCGAAUUGGAUUACAUAUACUGAAAAGUGUUUAGAAAGUUGAUCUCUAAAGUAAAGUAAAUACACGUGUAGUCUCUUGUCUACACAAUCCAGCCAUUGGAAGAGAGAAAAGAAAAGAAAAGGGGAGGCCAACCCAAAUGAGUAAAAGGAAGAAAGUGAGAAAUGACUUGGGAAUUAAAUAGGAUUGUGACAUAGCAACCAAAUGGGAGUAAUGAUGCCUGAGGAAUCCCAUACUGCAAGCAAUGCCCCUUUCCCACGGUUGGCAUAUCUGUCACCUGCAAAACUUCAUUUCCCUCCUUCCUUUUCCAUUGCUUCUGCCUCAAUUCUGCAUCUCUUCCUUCCUCUCCAUAACUUCACACCAUUCUUUGGUCUCUGGGGCUCUACUCCAAUUGAAAGCUUCACAUUCUGCUCGAGGACUGGCAGACUCCGAUAGGAAUCCCUUCUUCCGGGCAAUAUUGGGCAUUUGGGGUAAGAAUUUAAUACAGCACGAUUCACGUUUCUAUGUCUAUUUGUCACAUCCACAGACACAGAACAUUUACUCCAUCACACUUUUCUUUCCCCCUGCUCUCCUGACAAAAAGCAUUUGUUGUUGUAUAUAUUAGUAUCGUCAUCCCACCAGCAAUGGCGGUAGGAAUCUGAAGAAGCACAAAAAAGCAUACCUGUUGUUAAGUUGCACAGAGAGAGGGGGUGAGAUGGAGGGAAGGAGCAAAGAAGACGAGUAUGACGUGGCGGAGCAGAUAGGGAGGGGGAGAUUUGGAGCAGCAUUCCUCGUCGUUAACAAGCCGGAGAACAAGAGGUACGUGAUGAAGAAGAUCAAGCUGGCGAGACAGACCGAGAGGUUCAAGCAGACGGCGGUCCAGGAGAUGAACUUGAUUGCCGAGCUGAACCACCCGUAUAUUGUCGAGUACAAGGACUCCUGGGUCGGAAAGGAAUGCGUGUGUAUUGUGACAAAUUACUGCGAGGGUGGAGACAUGGAUCAGAUGAUAAGGAGAGCGAGAGGCACUUAUUUCAGUGAAGAGAUGCUCUGCAAGUGGCUAACUCAACUUCUGCUAGCAUUGGACUAUCUCCACUCCAAUCGUGUUCUUCACAGAGACUUGAAAUGCUCCAACAUAUUCCUUUCCAAAAGCAACGACAUCCGACUAGGUGACUUUGGACUGGCGAAAUUGCUUGGCAAAGAUGACCUUGCCUCCACAGUGGUAGGAACUCCAAAAUACAUGUGUCCAGAGCUUCUUGCAGAUAUACCCUACGGCUACAAAUCAGAUAUCUGGUCACUAGGCUGCAGUAUGUUUGAGAUAGCAGCUCAUCAACCUCCAUUCAGAGCUCCUGAUAUGGCGGGACUAAUUCACAAGAUAAACCGUGGCUCCAUUUCUCCACUACCACCUUCAUACUCAUCUACACUGAAACAACUAAUCAAGUUUAUGCUGCGGAAGAGCCCAGAGCACCGGCCUACGGCGGCCGAGUUGUUGAGACACCCGCACUUGCAGCCAUAUGUUGCUCAAUGCCAAAAUCCAUCUCCUGUCUUUCUCCCAGUAAAGUCUGAGCAUGGCACCACCAAGGAUAAUAGUAGUAAGCCAAAGGCUACUGCCAGACCACCACCAUGUAAUAAUAACAAGCAAGCUUUCCAGCAGAAACACAUUGAAUAUGUCUGCAAGAAGGUCUCUGAUCUGAUGAAGAACUACAAGCCGACAUUCAAAGAUAGCAAACCAAAAGACUGCAUUAAGAAUAUAACACCACCUCCAACUGACAGGAUGACAGACAAACCUUCUCCUGCAGCUGCAACACAAACAAGAAAAGAGAGUACUCAAGAAUCACACACCAAUUCCAGCGAUGCUCCAUCCCGACAAAGCAGCUCGGCGAACUUAGUGCAUGGGGAAGAGUUCAGGAUUGAAUGGGAUGAUGCUCAGAGCACACAAAGAGCCGAAGCACUGGAAUCAUUGUUAGAGAUCUGUGCAAGCCUGCUCAGACGUGAACGGUUCGAGGAACUAGAAGGUGUGCUGAAACCCUUUGGCGAAGAAGCUGUGUCGUCCAGAGAAACAGCAAUUUGGCUAACAAAAAGUCUCAUGAAAGUACAUAAGAAAAGAAAUGGGAAAACUUGAUUUACACCCGGAGCAAAGUAGUGCACUUUUAUUGACUUCAAAGUGAUCCAUUCACUGUCUUUCCUUCUAUUUAUCAAAAUUCAAUCACAAUAGUUUUCCAAUGAAAUAAUUAUUCAAUUUCUCCUCACAAAAUUGAAGUAUCAAUGCUCAAAUCAACUUGGAGUAACAAU